CCUCAACAUGGCUUGAAAAAAUUGAUUCUGUGAAAAAAAUGCGAGCUGUUCAACAAAGUAUGUUUGACGCGAUGAAAAAGAGAAAACCAGUUUCGUUUUAUGCAUUGGUACAGCAAGAUGACGAGGAUGUUACGGGGUUACGACAUAAAGUGGUUAUCGAGUGUCACCUCGCACAGAAAAGUCAACGCCAGCGGGAAAAAUGGAUAAAGAAGGGAUACGCAGAGCAGAACCCACCAGAGACUGGAGAGAUCAUGGCGGCACCUGGCGACAGCUUCGUUGUGGACAUUCUUGGAAACGUUCGUUUAGACGAUUGUGCCUCUGCAUUGACAAGGAAAAUACAGUUCCUGAAAAGUCGCCCAUGUCAGCAAUUGUUUACCGUUCGUCUGCAAGAAAACAUCUACGACCAGGACGAUGCGUUUGGGUACGUUAUGAUUUACAAAUCUCAAAAAGAUAAUAGCCGAGACAGACGAGAUUGCUAGACUUAGAAUUAUGGUCAAACCUCCUAGAAAGGUCGAAGAUUUACCGUCUUCUCCGGUACCGUCCGUGACAUCCGUGAGCAAGAAAAAGAAAAAGAAAUCGAAGUCUAAGAAGAACGCGCAACCACAGGAUCUAAAGAUGAAGUCCGCGAAGGAGAAGAGAAAACCCAUUUCGUUUUAUGCAUUGGUACAGCAAGAUGACGAGGAUGCAACGGGGUUACGACAUAAAGUGGUUAUCGAAUGUCACCUCGCACACAAAAGUCAACAACAGCGGGAGAAAUGGAUUAAGAAGGGAUACGCAGAGCAGAACCCUCCAGAGACUGGGGAGCUAAUGGCAGCACCUGGCGAUAGCUUCGUCGCAGACAUUCAGGGAAAUGUACGUUUAGAAGAUAGUGCCUCUGUAUUGACAAGAAAAAUUCAGUUCCUGAAAAGUCGCCCAUGUCAGCAAUCUUUUAAUGUUCGUCUGCAAGAAAACAUCUACGACCAGGACGAUGCGUUUGGGUACGUUAUGAUUUACAAGUCUCAAAAAGAUAAUACCGUCACAGACGAGAUUGCUAGACUUAGAAUUAUGGUCAAACCUCCUAGAAAAGUCGAAGAUUUACCGUCUUCUCCGGUACCGUCCGUGACAUCAGUGAGCAAGAAAAAGAAAAAGAAAUCGAAGUCUAAGAAGAACGCGCAACCACAGGAUCUAAAGAUUAAGUCCCAUAGAGGGUCAGUUCAUACUCUUUAUGAGCGAGGUGGAUUUGUGACAGAUUUCUUUGCACGCCGAGAUUCGUUGUAUAAGGCUCCUUCACAGGUGUCCAUUAAACCGCUCAAGGACGCAAAGAAAAACGGAAUUACAGAUCCAUGUGUUGUACAUAUUAGCAAAUAAAUCAAUAAACCAAUACGAUAUUAUGCAAUUGUCAGUUAAAGAUUGUCGAUACAUGUGAACUUUUACAUUUCUUUAUUUAUAUAAAAAUUGGUCUUGUAGCGAAUAAAUGCAACUCAAUGUAUUAUGUGGCUAUUAUUUUGGACAUUGUCUAUAUUUAAACAUGUUUAUGUUAGUUUUUUUCAUUCACCAUUCAAUUAACAAUGCCGAGUGUCAUCCUUUCGUUAUGAUGUAAAUACAUUGUAUUGUAUUGUUAUAGUCUUUUUAACAAGAUAUAUACAAAAUAUUGAAAAAUACAUUUUAUUUGAAAUAAAAAAUGAGAAUCAUUAAACAAAAAAUACCAAUACAUGUUUAAAAAUUUGAAACCAUAGUUGCA